CCGGCAACAUUCCAGGCUUGGGUCGUUGGAAUCCUGAAUGGUGGUGACGAAAGCUGGCUGAAGCCCUACGUCGAGUCCGCAUUCUUCGAGGAGUUCCGUGCGAGGAUGAAGAAGCGCACAGGGUUUGACGCCCAGUGGCUGGUCAACGGCUACACGCUCUAUAACACUGGUCGUGAGUACCUCCCAUCUAUCCUUGAUUACAUCAAGGAUGCGGUCACUAGCUCUGUCACGGUCGAGUCAACGGACACCGUAGUGUACACGGGUCUGAUUAAGUUUGCUUCUCAACAGACUCAAGCCUCUAGCUCUUCGUCUCUAACGCUCCGAGGACAGCACGAAAUGCUAACUCAAGGACAGGAUUUCCAUCCCGUUUCCGGGCAGCCCGGACGCAUCUUCUGGUUCAAUGAAUCGCUCUUCUACCUGGAGACAUUCGAUUCUUCCAACCAGGGCUAUGAAGUGGACGGACAUUGGAUUUCAACUUCAUCGUCCGAUUACUUGCUCGUUCGGUGCUUUGGAGGGAGUCCCAAGCCCAUCCACGAACUGAUCGAGCACUGCAAGCGGGAGUCAGUCGGCAGUGAGAAGCUCGAGAUUACGCAAAUGCGCGCAGGCAGGGGGAAGGAAAUUGUCGAACGACGGAAAAGGCCGCUAUUCACGAUCGACUUGGAGCCCGCCCUGCGAGCAGAAAUCGCCGAAGACGCCGAAACCUUCUUCCACAAGAGCUCGCGGAACUACUACGAGGCGACAGGUACGCCUUACCGGCGAGGUUAUCUGCUCAGCGGGCCUCCAGGUACUGGCAAGACUUCGCUUUCGAACGCUAUUGCGUCGCAUGUCUUAACGCUGAGUGGGCUCCUCAACGUGAUUGACGGUGUAUGUGCAAAAGAAGGUCGACUGCUGAUCAUGACCACCAACGCACCCCGGAAGCUAGAUCCGGCACUCUAUCGCGCCGGUCGCGCAGACAGGGUGUUCGAACUCGGCUACGCCAACAAAGUCACCGCAGAACUGACCUUCAAGCGCACCUUUGGGCAGGACGAGGUCCGGAAGUUCACUAUCGAGGCGGUAGACAGGCUGGCCAAAGCUUUUAGGGACCAGUUCCCCAAGAACAGCCGGAUAUCUACUGCCAAGCUCGCCGAAUACUGCAAUUCCCAUCGUGGGAGGCCUGAUCGAGCGGUUGAAGCUUUUGCGGAUUUCCUGCACAAGCUUAGGACUGGGGCAGAUGCGUUCUCGUACGACAUCAACGAUGUCGUUGCUGAUGCUGCUGAAGACGGCGAUCUCAAUGUGCCGGAUGAGUUCGACCGCGACCUGCUAAAGCUCAGCCACAGCGACUAUCUUGAG